AUGAGUUCAGUAAGACGUUCGACCUUAAAAAGUAUCGAUCCCAAAUCACUCGAUGAAAUUAACCCUUUCGUAAAGUUGGUUCACAAUCAGGCCAUUGUCGAGGUGCCGGAACUAACUUUAGAGUCAGGGAUAACUAUUCGGAAUUUUCCUAUCGCAUACAAGACUUGGGGUGAACUUAAUGAAGCCGGGAACAAUGUUCUAGUCAUUUGCCAUGCUCUAACUGGGUCCUCGGAUGUUGCCGAUUGGUGGGGCCCCUUACUUGGGAAAGAUUUAGCAUUCGACCCCUCUAGGUUUCUUAUCGUGUGCCUAAACUCGAUGGGGUCUCCCUAUGGUUCAUUCUCACCUUUGAGCAUCGACUCGGAAACCGGAGAGCGCUAUGGACCAGAAUUUCCAUUAUGUACAGUACGUGAUGAUGUCCGUGCGCAUAAACUAGUGCUGGAUUCACUGGGCGUAAAGUCGAUCGCGUGUGUCAUCGGUGGUUCUAUGGGCGGUAUGUUGGCUUUAGAGUGGACAAUGACUUUUGGUAAAGAGUACGUCAAAAACAUGGUUGCUUUGGCAACGAGUGCGAGACACUCAGCUUGGUGCAUUUCAUGGUCUGAGGCUCAAAGGCAAUCCAUAUAUUCAGAUCCUAAAUACCUAGAUGGUUACUAUUAUCUAGACGACCCUCCGGUUGUGGGAUUGUCUGCAGCGCGUAUGUCUGCACUUUUGACAUAUCGUUCUCGCAACAGUUUCGAGAAUAAAUUCGCACGCCGUUCGCCUUCGCUCGCUCAGCAAUUGAAAUCUAACAAAAAGACAGAACUCGCGAAGCCUUCGAAUCUUCAAGAGCACAACCUUUCAAUCCACAAUGAUGGCAAUUCUAAGUCAAUUGGUGCUGAAAGGAAAUCUAGCGUUUGCAGCGAAGCUUCCUCGUCAGAAUCUUUGAAGUCUGUUUCCUCAUGUACUUCUAGUACCUCUUUGAGUACGUUCCCUAAACCACAUCACAGCGUAAAGCCUGCACAAACGUACUUCUCGGCCCAAAGUUAUCUGCGAUACCAAGGUGAAAAGUUCGUCAAGAGAUUUGAUGCUAAUUGUUACAUUUCCAUUACUAGGAAAUUAGACACGCAUGACCUAGCACGUGAUCGCCCAGAGUAUGACAGUGAUGUGGUGAAGGUUCUCAAUUCUAUAGAGCAGCCAUCACUGAUAAUUGGUAUCAAGUCAGAUGGACUAUUCACUUAUCCCGAACAAGAAUUCCUUGCAGAGCAUAUUCCAGGGUCAACCCUGGAGAAGAUUGACUCAAUUGAGGGUCAUGAUGCAUUCUUAUUGGAGUUCAAGCUGAUAAACGAACUUAUCGUCAACUUUUUAAGAAAGAAUGCCAGGGAGCUGAUGGAAGCGCCCAGUCGUCUUUGGCAAGGUGACGAGAAUAUCGAGGUUGUGAAGAAUUCUGUCUUUGGUGAAGCGGAAGAGGUUACCAAUUGGUGA